UUCAACUCAGCUUAGUAUUGCUGCAACCAAAUGAUACCUCAUCAUGCCUUAUAUACAUUUCUCUCUUCCUCCUCUCUUCGCCUGCAACAGAUACGUUAACUAACCAACCACCCACGCCCCCUGGUUCUGGUUUUUCUUUUCAUUCUCUACUCCAUAUUUAUAAUCUCGAUUCUCUGAUGGGUGCCCAAUUUCUUCUCUAUCUUAUCAUGUUAUUUCUUUCUCUUUCUAACCUUUCCUCUCAUGCCACCAUUGAAAACCAAUCUCAUUUCUUCACUCUCAUGAAACAAUCACUCUCAGGCAAAUCGUUGUCUAGUUGGGAUGUUGCAAUUGCCGGUGAGAGGCCAUAUUGUAAUUACACUGGAAUUGGUUGCAACGACGAAGGGUAUAUUGUAGAGAUUGAUGUCUCCAGAUGGUCACUCAGUGGUCAUUUUCCAGCUAACGUCUGCCACUACCUACCCCAACUGCGUAUUCUCCGGCUCGGCCAUAACAACCUCCAUGGCAACUUUCCUGCUGGCAUCAAUAACUGCUCUCUGUUAGAAGAUCUCAAUAUGACUUACUCGUCUCUUACUGGGACACUUCCAGAUUUCUCACCCAUGAAAUCUCUCAAACGUCUUGAUCUGUCAUACAACCUCUUUACUGGGGAUUUCCCCAUGUCUAUCACCAAUCUCACCAACCUAGAGUGGCUGAAUUUCAAUGAGAAUGGAGGUUUCAAUUUGUGGCAGCUGCCAGAGGAGAUCACCCGGCUUACAAAGCUUAAAACCAUGAUCCUGUCAACGUGCAUGGUUCAUGGCAGGAUCCCAGCAUCCAUUGGGAACAUGACUUCACUCGUCGACCUCGAAUUGUGUGGGAAUUUCCUUGUUGGUCGAAUCCCUCCAGAGCUGGGGAAGCUGAAGAAUUUGCGGCAGUUAGAGCUUUACUACAACCAACUCGUAGGUGAAAUUCCUGAGGAGCUCGGAAAUCUUACGCAGCUCAUUGACGUGGAUAUGUCUGUCAAUCUACUAGUUGGCAAGAUACCGGAGUCUCUCUGCAAGCUUCCUAGUCUCCGUGUCCUGCAGUUAUACAACAACAGCCUCACUGGAGAAAUCCCGAGCAUAAUUGGUAACUCAUCAACUUUGAAGAUAUUGUCUCUCUAUGACAAUUUUUUGACAGGCAAAGUGCCUACGAAUCUUGGAGAGUCAUCGGAUUUGACUGCUUUGGACUUGUCGGAAAACCACCUCUCCGGGGAUUUUCCACCGAAUAUUUGCAAGGGAGGUAAAUUGUUGUAUUUUCUUGUGCUGGAUAAUCUGUUCACCGGUAGGUUGCCCGCGACUUACGGGAAAUGCAAGUCUCUCCUAAGGUUUCGAGUUAGCUCCAACUUUUUGGAAGGCCCCAUCCCCGAAGACCUUUUGGGUCUUCCCCAUGCUUCGAUCAUUGAUCUGGGUUUUAAUCGGUUCAGUGGUGCAAUUGCAAAAACGAUCGGAAAUGGUAAGAACUUAUCGGAGCUGUUUAUACAACACAACAUGAUUUCGGGUGUUCUACCACCUGAAAUCAGCCAAGCUAGUAAUCUGGUGAAGAUUGAUCUUAGCAACAAUCUCCUCAGGGGUGCCAUUCCUCCUGAAAUUGGAAAUCUAAGGAAGUUGAAUCUACUACUCCUCCAAGAUAACAAAUUUAGUUCAUCCAUCCCCAAAACGCUUUCUUCCUUGAAAUCCCUUAAUGUUCUUGACCUAUCGAACAACCUCUUGACGGGGAGUAUCCCAGAAAGUAUCUGUGAAUUGCUACCCAACUCGAUCAAUUUUUCAAACAAUCGUCUCUCAGGUCCAGUUCCUCUCUCUUUGAUUAAAGGAGGAUUAGUAGAAAGCCUUUCGGGAAAUCCAGGUCUUUGUGUUUCAAUAUACCUUAAUACAUCUGAUUCAGACUUCCCAGUGUGUCCACAGAUUUACAGCCGAAAGAGGCUAAACUGUAUAUGGGUUAUUGGGGCUUCGGGGAUAGUCGUGAUCAUUGGGGCAGUAUUGUUUCUGAAACGUUGGCUUAGAAAGGAGACAGAAAUACUGGAACAGGAUGAAAUCUUAGUUUGGUCGUCCUCACAUGUCCAAAACUUCCACAAGAUCAACUUUGACCAGCGUGAGAUCGUUGAGGCCCUGGUUGACAAAAACAUUGUGGGACAUGGAGGGUCGGGAACAGUGUACAAGAUCGAGUUGAGCAACGGAAAGACGGUUGCGGUGAAGAAACUGUGGAGUCGAAAGGUGAAGGACUCGGCAUCAGAGGAACAGUUGUUCCUAGAUAAGGAACUUAAAACGGAGGUGGAAACGCUUGGGAGUAUCAGGCACAUGAACAUCGUCAAGUUAUACUGCUACUUCUCAAGCUCACACUCGAAUCUUCUGGUUUACGAAUACAUGCCAAAUGGAAACUUAUGGGAUGCACUUCACAGAGGGCGAGACAGAGACUUUCUGGAUUGGCCAACUCGACAUCGAAUUGCACUCGGAGUGGCACAGGGUCUGGCCUACCUCCACCAUGAUUUAUCGCCACACAUCAUUCACCGAGAUAUCAAGUCAACCAACAUUUUGCUCAGCGCCGAUUACCAACCUAAGGUGGCUGACUUCGGCGUUGCAAAGGUGUUGCAAGCAAGAGGUGGCAAGGAUUCCACUACCACUGUUAUUGCAGGAACUUACGGGUACAUUGCCCCAGAGUAUGCUUAUUCAUCCAAGGCAACAGUUAAGUGUGAUGUCUAUAGCUUUGGCGUAGUGCUCAUGGAAUUGAUAACUGGGAAGAAACCAGUAGAACCGGAGUUCGGAGAGAGCAAGAACAUUAUAUACUGGGUUUCGUGCAAAGUGGAAACCAAAGAAGGAGCGAUGGAGGUGUUAGACAAGCGAUUAGUUGGGCUAUUCAUGGAAGAGAUGAUACAGGUGCUUCGAAUUGCCAUCCGUUGUACCUGUAGGGUCCCUGCCCUCCGUCCCACCAUGAACGAGGUCGUUCAGUUGCUGAUUGAGGCAGACCCUUACAGAUUUGAUUCUUGCAAGUCAUCAAACAAGGAAACAUCAGAUGUCGUUAAGAGUUAAGACCAAGUACGCAUCGGAAUUAUGAGCAUACAAAGAGAUCGAUAAGUUUUUGGUUAUGUUUGGCUUGAAGGAAAGUGCAGGAAAGAUCGGUUUUCUGUCUUUCCCUUCCUUUCCCUACCUUUUCCUUCAAACCAAGCAUAACCAUUAAGUACAAGUAAUAUAGAAAUUACAGUAGAAUCAACUUUCUCUCUCUCUCUUGAUGAAAAAAGUAGUUGUAGUAGAGAGGUUCUGUCUUUUUAUUUCUUUUCCUUUUCCUUUUCCUCCUGUUUUGUUUCUCGUAAGAAGUUGAUGUAUAUAAUUGGAUCAUUACAGCUGCUUUAUAGUAACGCACAGCAUCUACAUAUAUUAUAGAUCCAAAGAAAACAAAAGAAUA